AUGCGCCCCAAGUCUCCCUCCUCGGCAGUUGUCACCACUCUCGCCAUACUGAGUGCAACAUCCGCGACAGCAAGGGUCGUAAUGUGUCUCAAGGCCAACGUGUAUGCCGUGUUUAGCGUGAUUGUGAUGUUCUUCAGCCUCGUGACAUCGUGGACGAUCGCCCUGGUCCUCCUCGGAAUCAGCUUGUGGAAGGGUCUGCCGCCCUCCGCCGCCGCGGUGGAGGCGCAACCGCAGCCGCAGCAGCCGCAGCAGCCGAUCGCGGCAACGCCCGCCGCCGCAGCAGCGCUCGAGGAGACUUCGGCGACCGAGCGCAGCGCGUUGAGCCAGCCACUCGGGUUUGGAGGCGCUUUGUACCCUGCGCCUGCGGAGGAUGUACGUAGGCAGUCCGUCAUUCCUGCCGAGCUGACGAUGCACCCCGUCGACCGGUUCGUCAUGGAGGUGCAUCGCGUGCUCGGCUGCAAGCUGUGA